AUGGCCACUCUCCUCUCCCCAUCAGCCAUCCUCCCCUCCCCUCCCCCUCCUGCCCCCAUCCGAAACCCCAACUCAAACCCCAGCAAGAAGGACACCGCCGAGUACACCUACCUCGUCCCCGACUCCUGGAAGGAGCGCCUGGUCUCCAAGGUGGAGAAAGGCACCAACGGCACCGACAGCGAGUUCUACAACCCCAGGAAGAAGUCCGAGAAGGAGUACCUCACUUUCCUCUUCGGCUUCCGAGCGCUGGCGCCCAUGGACGCCGUGCUGAGCAACCUGGCGCUGUCCGACGUUGAGCUGCAGGAUCUGAUCGCGGGCGCGGAGGACGGGGUGAAGUCCAAGGAGGCCAAAGAUGGGAACGGGCAGGUGUACUAUGAGUACGAGAUCGACGGGGUCGGAGCGCAUAGCUUGAUCAAGGUGACCUGAUUAGGUUGUUUCUUGAACAAAACCUUCAAUCAUCAGAAGAGCAGCUCUGGGGCUGCAUUUUGUGCUUAAAUCUUCACGG